CCAUUUUGGCUCACGGGUUCAAGGUCUCCUCCCUGUGGGCAAAGCGACGGCGGCAGGAUGUCGGUCCAAUUCCAGUCGCAGAAUUUCCAGCACAUCCUGCGCAUGUGCAACACGAACGUGGACGGGCGGCAGAAGGUGAUGUAUGCGCUGACCGCCAUUCGUGGCCUUGGCCGGCGCUUCUCCAACAUCAUCUGCAAGAAGUGCGACAUCGACCUCAACAAGCGUGCGGGCGAGCUCACCACAGAUGAGGUGAACAAGAUCGUGGCUGUGGCGAGCAGCCCGCUGCAGUUCAAGAUCCCGGCCUGGAUGCUCAACAGGCAGAAGGACGUGAAGGACGGCAAGACCUCGCAGAAGUACGCCAACUUUCUGGACCAGGCUCUGCGCGAGGACCUCGAGCGCAUGAAGCGCGUGCGCCUCCACCGAGGCAUUCGCCACUACUGGGGCAUCCGCGUGCGAGGCCAGCACACCAAGACCACCGGCCGCCACAGGGCCAUGGGCGACGGCGGCAAGAAGUAG